UGGGAGCUGGGGGCUGGGCAGACCCCCUACCACCCCGGGCUUGCCCUGAGAUGGUGAAAUCACUGUUAGCAGAAGCAGGGGUGGGGGAGGGGGAAGGUACCAGAGUCCUGGGGCUGCUUCCUUCCUGUGGAGGGGGUGCAGGCACUCCUGCCAGGCCAGCCUGGUUCCCAGGGUUCUAGGGCCGUCCCCCCAGCCCAGUCCCCACUCCCAGCAGCCCGGCUUUAUGACUUCACAUGCUGAAGUCACGCAGGGACAAUGCUGAGCGUUCCACCCCUCUGAGCCCAGGCCCAGCCAAGCACACUGCUCCCUACAGUGCACAUGAGUACGAUGCCCACUGGCACCUGUGGGGAGGGGAUGUAGAAGGCGGCGGCACCGGCCGCUCCUGGCACCAUGGACGAUGCCGCGGUCUUAAGGAAGAAGGGUUACAUCGUGGGCAUCAAUCUUGGCAAGGGCUCCUAUGCAAAAGUCAAAUCUGCCUACUCCGAGCGCCUCAAGUUUAACGUAGCCGUCAAGAUCAUCGACCGCAAGAAAACACCCACCGACUUUGUGGAGAGAUUCCUUCCUCGGGAGAUGGACAUCCUGGCCACAGUGAACCACCGCUCCAUCAUCAAGACCUACGAGAUCUUCGAGACGUCCGAUGGACGCAUCUACAUCGUCAUGGAGCUUGGCGUCCAGGGUGACCUCCUUGAGUUCAUCAAGUGCCGAGGGGCUCUGCACGAGGAUGUCGCUCGCAAGAUGUUCCGCCAGCUCUCCUCGGCCGUCAAGUACUGCCACGACCUGGAUGUCGUCCACCGAGACCUCAAGUGCGAGAACCUUCUCCUUGACAAGGACUUCAACAUCAAGCUGUCCGACUUCGGCUUCUCCAAGCGCUGCCUGCGGGACGGCACUGGGCGCAUCAUCCUCAGCAAGACCUUCUGUGGGUCGGCGGCCUACGCAGCUCCCGAGGUGCUGCAGGGCAUCCCCUACCAGCCCAAGGUGUACGACAUCUGGAGCCUGGGUGUGAUUCUCUACAUCAUGGUCUGUGGCUCCAUGCCCUAUGACGACUCUGACAUCAAGAAGAUGCUGCGCAUCCAGAAGGAGCACCGCGUGGACUUCCCCCGCUCCAAGAACCUGACGGGCGAGUGCAAGGAUCUCAUCUAUCGCAUCCUGCAGCCUGAUGUCAACCGGCGGCUGCACAUUGAUGAGAUCCUCAGUCACUCGUGGCUGCAGCUUCCGAAGCCCAAAGCUAUGUCUUCCUCCUCCUUUAAGAGGGAGGGAGAAGGCAAGUACCGGGCUGAGUGCAAACUGGAUGCCCGGCCAGGUGCCAGGCCCGAGCACCGGCCCGAGCACCGGCCUGAGCACCGACCUGACCACAAGCUGGGGGCCAAAACCCAGCACCGGCUGCUGGUGAUGCCCGAGAAUGAUGACAGGAUGGAGGACCGGCUGGCCGAGACCUCCAGAACCAAAGACCAUCAUCACAACCCUGGAGCUGAGGCGGGGAAAGCGAGCACCUAGUGUGCCAAGGGCCCUGGGCGCAGCGCACUGCUGCACCCACAUAAACUAAGUAGGCAAAUAGGAGCUGAAGAAGGCACAGGUGCAAGGAACAAGUAAAAUCCGUCAUUAAACCGCUAUUUUGAUUACGUUCUAUUAGCUUUCUUCCACUUCGUAGCAAAGACGAUCAUUACUGACCACCAAAUAAACCACAAAGUGAAUACAAGCAUCGAGAGUACCCCCCGCGGAGUCUUUUUCUCUAGGACUCAGCCAUCUGCCCUCCCUGCGGCGUGGGGCCCCAGCCUAGGCUGAUUCACAGUGAGGUCUGGUGGGCAACGGAGGACCAUGGCUGAGGGCCCCCGCCUCUAGACCUGCCCCAGACCCAGCACCCCGGGCCCACCAGGGCGGUGCCUCCAGGGCGGUGCCUCUCCCUGGCCCUCCCACUCAGCAGACGGCCCCUUCUAUGAUCCUCUUUGCCCUCCAUUUCCACAACUGGUACCUGUGCCUUCUGCCUCCCUCCUCCCUGAGGCUGCACCAACCCAGCCCUUCCUUUCUCUCUGGACAGCAAACCUGCCGCCUCCCACCUUCUGAUCAAUGUGUUCACUGGGGAACACAUUGCCCCUGACUCUCACCAGUCAGUGGCAAGUACUGGGCCUUAGGAGGCUUGACCCAGGCAUCACUCCCUCUGCACCUUAUUCAUACCCUUGCCAACCCUGCUCCCCACUUCGUGAGGAAUUCCCUUGGCGCCAGGCCCACCUUUCUCUACCAGAGAAAAGCAACUCAAAAGUGGCCUCUCCUGACUGGGCAGUUCAUCCCUGGGUCCAUGUUCACCUGCCAACCCAGAAGCUGGCAGAAACAUAGGCCAUGGGACCCAGGCAGGUGGCAGGUGCGGGGUAAGAAUGCAGGCCCUUAGACCCAAUCAGGAAAGGGCCACGUUCUGGCCAGGCUGCUCCCAGCUGUGAGGACUGAGCUUCCAAGAGGGCUGGGCAGUGAGUACAAGUUUUGGCGGGACACAGCACGACCCACCAAGGUCUGGAGACCUUUGAGGGAGCCAGCAGCACCCCAAGGAUGGGGCCCUUAUCUGUGAAUCAGCUGGCCCAGAGCCUCCUACAGAUGGGCACCAGGUUCUCAGCCCAGACAAGUGCUGGCUGGUUGUUUGGUGCAGGCAACAGCUUUUGACACGGUGUUCAGAGAGCUGUCAUGUGGGGGCACCUGCUGGUGGAAGUUACAUGGGAGGGGGAGUGACUUAGCAGCAUAAGGCAGGAUGGCCCUGGGGGCACCGGGGCAGAGGCGAGCGAGGGGCGGGCCGACACAGCACUCCCCACUGCAGUGGGCAGCAGGGCCUGGAGCAAUGGUGCGGCCAGGGGAAGGGCAGGUGGGGCCCAGCGGCCCUGCCACCCAGAGACCUGCAGUCCAGGCUGGUGUGUGGAGCUGCAGCCUGAGCCACCAGAGCAGAAAGGGGGGUGAGAAGUGGAGGCUCGGACACAGAGG